AUGUCACUGUCGGCGGACACAUGCACCAGGAGAAGACCGCUAGACAACCCUCCUGACUCCUCAUGUGACUCCGCUCAAAGCCUCGACCAUUUCUGCACUGUUCCUUUUGAAGAGGUCAACACGUCAUCUGUUCUGCAGUCGCCCAAAGCCUGCUCGAGCCUUUGCCAGUGCGAUGACCAUGUCUGUGCUGAAGAGCAAAGUACGAGGACCAUACGAGCAGAGAACGAGGUGGAGGCCAACAAACUGGUCAACAACUACAGAUUUGGGUUCCGAAAAUGGAAGAGCCAUGUGACAGAGCGUCCCCUUGAAGGCCGCUCUGAGGUGGUUAAAGAGCUCUACUCAGAGUUGAAUGUAGUGAAACCACAAACACAUGAAGGUUCUUUUGUCUCCUGUGGAAAUAUUGCCUAUGUGUUCCUCUUUGGCUGGUGGGUGUCUUUGGUCUACCUGCUGGUCAGCCUCCUCAUGUUUUUCACUAUUAUUGGCUUUUCUUAUGGUAAGCUGUGUUUCAAGCUGUCCUGCUACUUCUUAUGGCCGUUUGGGAAGACCAUUCAUCAGAUAGGAAACACUAUUCGCAGAUGUUGUGCGAACGUUCCCGACUGUAACUGCAUCAAAGAGGAGACCGAAGCCGAGUCCGAGGGGCUGCUCCCUUCUCCCGCUGAGCAACAUGUGCAAACGUCCUACUGGUGUCGCUUUCGUACCUAUGUCUGGCUGUUGCUGGGUUACCCUCUGCUGGUGGUCAUCCAUAGCUUGGCCUGCUUCCUCUCCUGGAUCCUCGUCUUCACUAUCCCCGUCUCCAAAAUGAACGCAAGGACAGUGGGCGUCGUUCUGCUUCUGCCGCCGGAAGAUGUCUACGUUUCGUCUUGUUCCAGGCAAAAACAGGAGGUGGAAACAAAAGCCCUUCUCUGCUGCUACCACGCUACAAACUGGUACUACUACAAAUACACUGUGGAUGGGAUAAACGUGUUUGCCGUCAAUCUUCUUCCUCUGGUCGUUGUUGCCAUAGUGGUUGGAUACAUAGACAAAGAAAACCAGUUUGCCAGCUCCAAUGUCAAAUUCGCCAUUGCCGUCAGUUCCAUUAUUCCAGUGUCAUACUACAUCGGCAUGGGCAUCGCCAGUAUCUCGGCUCAGAGUAACUUUGCGGUGGGCGCCGUGGUCAACGCUACAUUCGGCUCCAUCACAGAGUUGACCUUCUACAUCACUGCCCUCCUGAGAGGGCACAAAGAAGCCAACCCAUGUUUACAGGAGGUGGUGAAAGCAGCCAUGACCGGCACACUGUUGGGCUGCAUCCUCUUCAUCCCGGGUAUCUGCAUGGUUAUUGGUGGGCUGCGACACAGCGAGCAAAGAUUCAACAGUCGCUCUACUGGAGUCAGCGCAGCUCUGCUCUUCAUCUCCGUCGGUGGUGUUUUCACGCCCACAAUGUUCUCCAAAGCCUAUGGAAAUCUCGUGUGUGAUGCAUGCUCCAGUGCAAACAACAGCGGGCCGUUUGUCUGCCAUAACUGCCACUAUGAUCUGAACAAUGGCACGUUAUUUCACAACCACAUACAGCCUCUUGUGUACACCAUGUCUGCUCUUCUACCUGCCGCCUACAUCAUCGGGCUGCUGUUCACGCUGAAGACGCACACUCACAUUCAUGUGGAAGAAGGACAAGUGUCAGGCCACAGUGAGGCGGUGGUGCACUGGUCCCGCUGGAGGUCUCUGCUCAUCCUCAUCAUGGCUACGGUUCUCAUGUCUGCUUGUGCUGACUUAGUGACGGAGCACAUCCAGCCCAUUCUCAGCCAGCCCAACGUAUCACAGUACUUUAUUGGCGUUACCAUUCUUGCCAUGGUUCCAGAGAUUCCAGAGAUUGUUAAUGGAAUUCAAUUUGCUCUUCAAAACAACAUUGGCUUAAGUCUGGAGGUUGGGAGCUGCAUUGCUGUGCAGGUCUGCAUGCUACAGAUUCCAGUGUUGGUGUUCUUCAAUGCUUUUUGGGACGUGGGCUUCGUGCUGCUGUUCAGUGACCUGCACCUAUGGGCCAGUAUCUUCAGUGUCAUUGUUGUGAAUUACAUCUUUAUGGAUGGGAAGUCUGAUUAUUUUCAAGGCACUGCUUUGGUCGUCGUCUACCUCAUCCUUCUGGCUUUGUACUACUUUGCACCCUCCCCAAAAGGUUGCUGA